CAAAACACUAUCGCUUUAAGUCUGUGAAAGUAUUUCAAUAUAUAUUAAAGUAAUUGUUCAUCUUCUGCUGGAAACUAUCUGGAGACACCUCAUUUGUUGAAUUUUUAUUUUCUUUCUUCUGCCAUUUUCAUUUUGCUGGGCCAUUUUUCAUACUCACCUACUUACCUCCUUCGCUGUUUUGCCCUAUUAUUUCCUAUUCACCUAUUGACUCAUCAUUUGUUUGUUUACUUGUUUACUGAUCUGUUUUUAUCCACCUACUUAAUCUAACCUGUUCAAAAUGCAAAUUGACAAGAAAUUGGUUAUUGUUGGAGAUGGUUUUUGUGGUAAAACUUGUCUUUUAACCACUUUUGUUGAAGGCAAAUUUCCCAAAGAAUAUAUCCCUACUGUCUUUGAAGAAAGCUCAAAGAUAAUUCAAGUUGAACAAAAUGACAGAACCUAUGAAAUUAAUUUGAGUUUAUGGGAUACUGCUGGUCAAGAAGAUUUUGAUCGUUUAAGACCCUUAGCUUAUCCUGAUUCUGAUGUCAUCUUGCUAUGUUUCUCAAUUGAUUCUGAUGAUACUCUAAGAAAUGCGUCAGAACGUUGGUUUGUAGAAAUCAGACAACAUGUUUCUCAAGUUCCAAUAAUUUUGGUUGGUUGUAAAAAAGAUGUGAGAGAAUCUGGAUCCGACUUACCUCCAUCAUCCUUUGUAUCUUCUGAACAAGGUGCCAAUGUUGCAAGACAAUUGGGUGCUGUUGCUUACCUUGAAUGUUCUGCCUUAACUAAUUCAGGUGUUCAACAAGUCUUUCAAACUGCUGCUGCUGUUACUCUAGGCUCAUUCAACCAAAAUCAACCUAACCCAAACUAUACUAAUACCAAUAAUAAUAAUGCUAACAAUGCUCAAAGAACCGAAGAUUCUGAUCUGGGAUGCUGUGGUGGAUGUACUAUUUCAUAAACAAAAAGACAAUGAAAUUUUCAUAAUAAAACAAUAAAACAAUAAAAUAAUAAAAUAAUUUCAAUUGAAAUUUUUUUUUUGUAUUAAAAGGUUUCUUGAAUAAAAUUAAAAUAUAAAAUAUUUUUAUCUGUCUACUUCUCUAGCCCUUUAUCCUUUUUUUUUUAUUCAUUAAUUGUUCUUUUUUAUUUAACUGCUUGUUUUUCUUAUGUUAAAACAUUUUAAUUAUAUUUGUUAUUAUUUUAUUUUGAUCAGUCUACUGAUCUAGUUACUUACUAUAAUCUAUCUAUUCUAUAUAGUUUUCUUUACUUU